GCCCCGGCGGCUGCCGCCUCCCAGACCGGACGACAGGCUCCCUCCGCGUCCACCCGAGUCCUGUCUCGCCGCCGCGGCCGUCGCCGCGCACGGCCGCCCGACUCGGUCCUAAUUGCGGAGACCCGGAGCCAGCGCCUGGGGGGCAACGAUGCGACCCUCCGGGACGGCGGGAGCCGCGCUCCUGGUACUGCUGGCUGCGCACUUCCAGGCGAGUCCGGCGCUGGAGGAAAAGAAAGUUUGCCAAGGCACAAGUAACCGACUCACCCAGUUGGGCACUUUUGAAGACCACUUUCUCAGCCUUCAGAGGAUGUUCAAUAACUGUGAGGUGGUCCUUGGGAAUUUGGAAAUUACCUACAUGCAAAGGAAUUAUGACCUUUCCUUCUUAAAGACCAUCCAGGAAGUUGCUGGCUACGUACUCAUUGCCCUCAACACGGUACAGAGGAUCCCUUUGGAAAACCUGCAGAUCAUCCGAGGAAAUGUGCUCUAUGAAAACACCCAUGCCUUAUCCGUCUUAUCCAAUUACGGCACAAAUAAGACCGGGUUGCAGGAGCUUCCCCUGAGAAAUCUACACGAAAUCCUACAAGGAGCUGUGCGGUUCAGCAACAACCCUGUCCUCUGCAACGUGGAAACCAUCCAGUGGCGGGAUAUCGUUGACAGCGAUUUUGUAAGCAAUAUGUCGAUGGACUUCCAGAACCAAGCGGGCAGUUGCCAAAAGUGUGAUCCAGACUGUCCCGAUGGAAGUUGUUGGGGUCCGGGAAAGGAGAAUUGCCAGAAAUUGACCAAAAUCAUCUGUGCCCAGCAGUGUUCAGGGCGCUGCCGUGGCAGGUCCCCCAGUGACUGCUGUCACAACCAGUGUGCCGCCGGCUGCACGGGGCCCCGCGAGAGCGACUGCCUGGUCUGCCGCAAGUUCCGCGAUGAAGCCACAUGCAAGGACACCUGCCCGCCACUCAUGCUGUACAACCCCACCACCUACCAGAUGGAUGUCAACCCAGAAGGAAAGUACAGCUUUGGUGCCACUUGCGUGAAGAAAUGCCCCCGUAACUACGUGGUGACAGACCACGGUUCGUGCGUCCGUGCCUGCAGUUCCGACAACUACGAGGUAGAGGAAGAUGGCGUCCGCAAAUGUAAAAAGUGUGAGGGGCCUUGCCGAAAAGUGUGUAAUGGAAUAGGAAUUGGUGAAUUUAAAGACACACUUUCCAUAAAUGCUACAAACAUUAAACACUUCAAAAAUUGCACCUCAAUCAGUGGAGAUCUUCAUAUCCUGCCCGUAGCAUUUAGAGGUGACUCCUUCACGCGUACUCUACCUCUCGAUCCAAAGGAACUGGAUAUUCUAAAAACUGUAAAGGAAAUAACAGGGUUUCUGCUGAUUCAGGCCUGGCCCGAAAACAGGACUGACCUCCAUGCUUUUGAGAACCUAGAAAUCAUACGUGGAAGAACAAAGCAACAUGGUCAGUUUUCUCUUGCGGUCGUCGGCCUGGACAUAACGUCCUUGGGAUUACGCUCCCUCAAGGAGAUAAGUGACGGAGAUGUGAUCAUCUCAGGAAACCAAAAACUGUGCUAUGCGAAUACAAUAAACUGGAAAAAACUAUUUGGGACUUCAAGUCAGAAGACCAAAAUUAUAAACAACAAAGAUGAAAAAGGCUGCAAGGUCAUCGGCCACGUCUGCCAUCCCUUAUGCUCAUCAGAGGGCUGUUGGGGCCCAGAGCCCAAAGACUGUGUGUCCUGCCGAAACGUCAGCCGGGGCAGGGAAUGUGUGGAGAAGUGCAAUGUUCUGGAAGGGGAGCCAAGGGAGUUUGUGGAGAAUUCCGAGUGCAUACAGUGCCAUCCAGAAUGCCUGCCCCAGGCCAUGAAUAUAACCUGCACAGGACGGGGCCCAGACAGCUGUGUCAGGUGUGCCCACUACAUCGACGGCCCUCACUGCGUCAAGACCUGCCCAGCUGGUGUCAUGGGAGAGAACAAUACCCUGGUCUGGAAGUUUGCCGAUGCCAACCACGUGUGCCACCUGUGCCAUUCCAACUGUACCUACGGUUGUGCUGGGCCAGGUCUUGAAGGCUGUGCGAGAAACGGGCCCAAGAUCCCAUCCAUUGCCACCGGCAUUGUGGGUGGCCUCCUCUUGGUGGUGGUGGUGGCCCUUGGGGUGGGCCUCUUUUUGCGCCGGCGCCACAUCGUCCGGAAGCGCACGCUUCGUAGACUGCUGCAAGAACGAGAGCUUGUUGAGCCUCUUACACCCAGCGGAGAAGCUCCCAACCAAGCUCUCUUGAGGAUCUUAAAGGAAACAGAAUUCAAAAAGAUCAAGGUGCUGGGCUCUGGAGCGUUCGGCACGGUGUACAAGGGACUCUGGAUCCCGGAAGGUGAGAAGGUUAAAAUUCCCGUGGCCAUCAAGGAGUUAAGAGAAGCCACAUCUCCAAAAGCCAACAAGGAAAUUCUUGAUGAAGCCUACGUGAUGGCCAGCGUAGACAAUCCUCAUGUGUGCCGCCUCCUGGGCAUCUGCCUGACCUCCACGGUCCAGCUUAUCACACAACUCAUGCCCUUCGGCUGCCUCCUGGACUAUGUGCGCGAGCACAAGGACAACAUUGGCUCCCAGUACCUGCUCAACUGGUGUGUGCAGAUUGCAAAGGGCAUGAACUACCUGGAAGACCGGCGCUUGGUGCACCGCGACCUGGCAGCCAGAAAUGUCCUGGUGAAGACACCACAGCAUGUCAAGAUCACAGAUUUUGGGCUGGCCAAACUCCUUGGAGCCGAGGAGAAAGAAUACCACGCAGAAGGAGGCAAAGUGCCUAUCAAGUGGAUGGCUUUGGAAUCAAUUUUACACCGAAUUUAUACCCACCAAAGUGAUGUGUGGAGCUAUGGAGUCACCGUUUGGGAGUUGAUGACCUUUGGGUCCAAGCCUUAUGACGGUAUCCCCGCAAGUGAGAUCUCAACCAUCCUGGAGAAAGGAGAGCGCCUCCCACAGCCGCCCAUAUGCACCAUCGAUGUCUACAUGAUCAUGGUCAAGUGCUGGAUGAUAGAUGCAGACAGUCGCCCAAAAUUCCGUGAAUUGAUCAUCGAAUUCUCCAAAAUGGCCCGAGACCCCCAGCGCUACCUUGUCAUCCAGGGAGAUGAGAGGAUGCAUUUGCCAAGCCCUACAGACUCCAACUUUUACCGCGCCCUGAUGGACGAAGAGGACAUGGAAGACGUUGUCGAUGCCGAUGAGUACCUCAUCCCCCAGCAGGGCUUCUUCCAUAGCCCCUCCACAUCCCGGACGCCCCUCCUGAGUUCUCUGAGUGCCACCAGCAACAAUUCCACCGUGGCUUGCAUUGACAGAAAUGGGAGCUGCCCCCUCAAAGAAGACAGCUUCCUUCAACGGUACAGCUCAGACCCCACUGGCACCUUGACCGAGGACAACAUAGAUGACACCUUCCUCCCAGCACCUGAAUACAUAAACCAGUCCGUUCCCAAAAGGCCUGCGGGUUCUGUCCAGAACCCCGUCUAUCACAAUCAGCCUCUAAAUCCAGCUCCUGGCAGAGACCCUCACUACCAAAAUCCCCACAGCAACGCAGUGGACAACCCGGAGUAUCUCAACACCCACCCUCCCUGCGUCAACAGUGUGCUCGACGGCCCCAGCCUCUGGGCCCAGAAAGGCAACCACCAAAUCAGCCUGGACAACCCUGACUACCAGCAGGACUUCUUUCCCACCGAAGCCAAGUCAAAUGGCAUUUUUAAGGGCCCUGCAGCUGAAAAUGUAGACUACCUGAGGGUAGCACCACCAAGCAGUGAGUUUAUCGGAGCAUGACCAUGGAGGAUAGCAUAGGACGUAAGAGUGUCAGACGUGUCACCCCCCUGGGACCAAGCCACGGCAGCUACGUUAGUGCUGGUAGUCAUGCCCAUGUUAACUCUCGGACCCGUGGACUGGUUUGGCCAUGUUUGCUCUGAUGGACCCAUCCUUCACCCAGGAAGCGCCCCUUCCUCGGAUGCACUUUGGAAAGUUGCUGGGACAUUCCUUUGUCUUCAAACUGUGAGGCCUCCACAAAAAGGCAUGCAGCAAGAAUAUUGUCUCUUUGGGCAGAAGUUCACCUUUCCAUGAGGUAUAUUUGAUACAAAACAAAACAAAACUGCAUAAGGAGUUUUAUUGCUUGGGGACCCUGGGAGUUUUUAAUUGUCAUUAUUGAUUUUAUUUCUCAUGGGCUUUUCCAAUGAGGAAGAAGCUUGCUCAUAGCACUUGCUGCACGGAGUUGAUCCAGGCCCAACUGUGACCAAGAAGCAAGGGUCAGAGUCUUCCAG